UUUGGGAUGCUGUACCCCGCUUACGCUUCCUACAAGGCUGUGAAGACCAAAAACAUCCGGGAAUACGUCCGUUGGAUGAUGUACUGGAUCGUCUUUGCGCUUUUCAUGGCCACGGAGACCUUCACCGACCUCCUCAUCUCCUGGUUUCCCUUCUACUACGAGAUUAAAAUGGCCUUCGUCGUGUGGCUGCUCUCCCCCUACACCCGGGGGGCCAGUCUGCUCUACCGCAAAUUCAUCCACCCCACUUUGUCCCGCAAGGAGAAGGAGAUCGACACGUACAUCAUCCAGGCCAGGGAGCGCAGCUACGAGACCAUGGUGCGCUUCGGCAAGAGGGGCCUCAACAUAGCAGCCACCGCCGCCGUCCAGGCGGCCGCCAAG